AUGGCUGCCACGCUGUCGUUUCGCUGGCUAGAAAUUCUAGAAAAAGAAUUUGACAAAGCUUUUGUCGAUUUAGAUCUACUUUUGGGUGAAAUUGACCCGGACCAAUGUGAACUUACGUUCGAGGGUCGUCAAAAGAUGACCGCACUCAGUGCUGCUUUUGCCCAGUUGUGUCACAAAGCACAGACAGUUUUUCAAUGCAAUGCCAAACUCGAGGCCCAGCUAGUAGAUAUGAGGUCUGAUAUAGUAGAGAUACAGAGUGCUAAAGCUGUAGUAGAAAAAGAAUUACAUAAUAUGUUAUUACAAUUACACGCUUCACAGUUACAGUUUGCGUCUGCUAAAGGUUUAGAAGUUGAUUCUGAUGAUAUCAAAAAGAAAUUGGAGGCUGAGUUACAACAUCGUAAAGAUGAUGCUACAGGAGUAGCUAGAGUUGAUGCUGAAGUUAAAGAACUACGUAAAGAAAACCAUGAAUUACGACAAUAUAUCCUAGCCUUACAGAGUGAGGUAUAUGGUGCUAGAUUGGCAGCUAAAUAUUUAGACAAAGAACUUGCUGGCAGGAUUCAACAGAUUCAGUUGUUAGGUCGAGAUAUGAGAGGAGCAGAACACGAUAAAUUAUGGAAUCAAUUAGAGGCUGAAAUACAUCUUCACCGUCAUAAAACAGUAAUACGAGCUUGCCGUGGCCGCAAACAUCACAAGAAAAAGUUACCAGUACCUCCAGGCCAUGAUUUUCAAGCAUUAAAACGAAAACAUGGCCUUGGUGAUUUGAGGAAAAUAAAAAUAGAAAAAGGUCCAGAUGAAGGUUUAGGAAUGUCCAUUACUGGUGGUAAAGAACAUGGUGUACCUAUAUUGAUAUCUGAAAUACAUGAAGGUCAACCAGCAGAUAGAUGUGGUGCCCUGUUUGUUGGUGAUGCAAUAUUGAGUGUAAAUAAUAUAGAUCUUAGAAAUGCUAAACAUGCUGAAGCUGUACAUAUUCUUUCAAAGCAGCAAGGUGAAAUAGAAAUGGAUGUUAUGUUUGUGGCACCAGAUGAAGAUAGUGAAGAUGACAAUCAGGAAUAUGAAGAUGAAUAUGGUUUUAGGUGA